GGAACACCAAACCCAUCCAUUAUUCAGUUUCUUAACUUCAAUACCAAAAAAAAGUAGAUUCUGAAACCAUGGGAAUGUGUAUAUCAUCUGUUAAAUCUUCCAACAUUCAUGAUGAAAACACUAAAACACAGCAAGAUAUCUAUCAAAAUGCAAUUUUCAUUCAUUCAAGUUCAUCUAAAACUCCAAUAGGUUCAGUUUCUUCUCAACAAGGUCAGAAAGGAAUAAACCAAGAUUCUGCUAUACUUCAACAGGGUUUUGGGAUGGAUGCUGGAGUUUUCUGUGGAGUGUUUGAUGGACAUGGAAAGAACGGCCAAAUUGCGAGUAGAUUAGUUAGAAGUUGGUUACCUGGUUUAAUAUUAAACCAAAAGAAAGCAAUUUCUUCACUUGAUUUGGUUUUCAAUAAGGAUUCUGUUGAGGAAUGGAGUAAAGCCUGUAUUGGUGCUUACAAAGUAAUGGAUAAAGAACUUAAACUUCAAGAAAACUUGGAUUGUUCUUGUAGUGGAACUACUUCUGUUACUGUCAUCAAACAGGGUGAAGAUCUUGUUAUUGCUAAUCUCGGUGAUUCGAGGGCCGUAUUAGGGACUGGUUCUAAUAAUGGUGAACUGAUGGCUGUUCAGUUAACAACUGAUCUAAAGCCUAGUGUACCAGAAGAAGUUGAAAGAAUAAAGAAGAGUAAUGGUCGGGUAUUUGCACUUGAAAACGAACCUCACAUUUCCCGUGUAUGGUUACCUGACCAGAAUUUCCCAGGACUUGCGAUGACAAGAGCUUUUGGAGAUUUCGAGCUCAAAGAUUAUGGAGUAAUAGCUAUUCCACAAAUAUCACAUCAUCAUUUAAACAUCAAUGACAAGUUUGUUGUUCUUGCGUCUGAUGGGGUGUGGGAUGUUCUUAGCAACCAACAAGUUGUAUCUAUUGCGUCAUCGUCAAGACCAGAAACAGCUGCAAGAGAAGUCGUAGAUGCUGCGGUUAAUUCAUGGAAACAAAAGUUUCCUCACUCGAAAAUGGAUGAUAUUUCUGUUUCUUGCAUGUUCUUCUAGGACAAAUACAUUUUCUAGUAUAUUUCUCUAGAAACCUCUUCACAUGACAGAAUAACUGGUAAAGUCGUCGGGGAUGAAACCAACCGGAGCUUUGAGCUCAUCCUCCCCUGAAUCCUAGUGAACGACUAAAGAAUUAAAGAAAAACAAAAAAACUGAUUCUGGUUCUUUAACUUUUACUAACUGAAGUUAUUCUAGAGAUGGGAAUUUACUACAAGUCGAUCGGAGUCACCAAAUUGCAAAAUCAUGGAGCUGAUGAGGCAUAGCUAGCUGUUUACAAUAGCGUGAUCAGCAUUCAACUCGAUCUCUUUAGCGUAGCUGUUGUUGUAUGUAUGUAUUAUGAAAAAAAAUAUAUAGUGUUGAGAUAUGUAAUAAUGAUAAUAGUCUUGUAAGUACAAAAAUCUAUGUUCAUGUACCUACUACUAAAUCCAUCAAAGAUUGUGAUGAAGUUAAUAGAGAACAACAAGUUAACUACACA